AUGGUCCAUCAAUUUGAACCGUUACAGAACGAUCUCAUACUCAGAACAGCAUGGGGUCAAAAGGUUGAGCGUCCACCGAUGUGGGUGAUGCGUCAAGCUGGACGUUAUUUGCCCGAAUACCACGAAGCAAAAGGCAAGAAUGAUUUCUUCGAAUGCUGUCGCUCUCCAGAAAUUGCUUCGACAUUAACUCUACAGCCGAUUGAACGCUUUGCCGGAAUUAUCGAUGCAGCUAUCAUAUUCUCCGAUAUUUUAGUUAUUCCUCAAGCUCUAGGAAUGACUGUGGAAAUGGUUGACAAGAAAGGUCCCCAUUUCCCAGAACCUCUUGAGUCACCCGAUGACGGCCAAUACGAGCGAGUUCUGAAUAAGAAAGUGGAUGUUGCCGCAGAGUUGGACUAUGUUUACAAGGCAAUUACUUUGACGAGACACAAGUUGAAGGGAAGAGUACCAUUGUUUGGAUUCUGUGGAGCCCCGUGGACUCUGUUAUGUUAUAUGGUGGAAGGUGGAGGAAGCAAGCUGUUUGUGAAGACCAAGACCUGGGUUUACAAGUAUCCGGAAGCUAGCAAGGCUCUCCUUCAGAAGAUUGCAGAAGUGUGUGUAGAGUAUUUAGCUUUGCAAGUCAAAGCUGGGGCGCAGUUGAUUCAAGUUUUCGAGUCUUGGGCUGCGGAGUUAUCCCCAUCUUCUUUCAAGGACUUCUCACGACCAUAUCUUGCAUACAUAUCGGCGAAUCUACCAAAGCGCCUAACGGAGCUCGGACUCGAGCACGUUCCAAUGGUCGUAUUUGCGAAGGGAGCCUGGUAUGCUUUGGACUCCUUAUGCGAUUUAGGAUAUCAGGUUGUAGGUCUGGAUUGGUUACAAGACCCAGCGGAGGCCGUUCGGAUACGAGGUGACCGCCCUAUUGUCUUCCAAGGUAAUGCAGAUCCAGGAGUUCUGUACGGAACCAGACCAGAAAUCACUCGAGUAGUUGAGGAAAUGGUAAAAGGAUUUGGUGGAGGAAAACAAGGAUGGAUUGCGAAUCUCGGUCAUGGAAUUACACCCUUCGUCAACCCGGACGAUCUGAAAUUCUAUUUCGAGGAACUCCACCGAUUGACCAAGUGA